UAUGGAUUGACAACAAUGACAGCACAACAUAACCAAUUGAAAUCAUUCAACAUAAAGAAACGUAAAAUAUAGUUUCUGAGAUGGGUACUUUAGUCAGGAUUUUUAAUAGAUUAACAUUACUAGACGCUUCUGCUACAUGUUCUAAAGCUUUAAUCCCGGUAAGAUACAAAGCAAAACAUGUGGAAAAACCUGAAAUUGGCCAUGGAAAAUCAUUUCGACGAAUAGUUCACUAUCCUGAAGAAUACACAGUCAAACCUUUAAACGUUACUAAUUUGGGAGGCAGAGACCCUAAAACUGGCAGAAUGGUUGUGAAGGGCAUUGGAGGAGGUAUAAAACAUAAAUAUCAUUGGAUAGAUUGGAAACGUGUUGGUCCAAGUGAAGAGGGUCAAGUUCAAAUAGAAAAAGUGAUAAAAAUCAUCAAAGAUGGUUGUAGAACAGCAAAUAUAGCUUUAGUGGCGAACGGAGAUAAGUUAAAGUACAUCCUGGCAACCGUGAAUAUGAAACCUGGAGAUUUGAUCAAAACUUCUUGUCAUAUACCUAGGAUACCAGUCAGAGCCAAUGAAGGAGAUGCCUAUCCACUAGGAGCCCUACCAAUAGGAACACAAGUGCACUGUGUUGAGAAAUACCCUGGUUUAGGAGGUUUCCUUGUACAUUCUGCUGGAACAUAUGCAACCAUAGUGAGAAAGGCCCCGAAUGAUCAUGUUGUUAUCAUGAUGCCAUCGAAAAAGGAAUUCAGUCUGCCUGCCAUUUGCAUGUGUACUGUGGGAAGAUUGAGUAAUAUAGAACACGGAAGUACUCCGAUAGGAUCUGCGCAGAGAAAUAGGGAAUUGGGAAACCGACCAAGAUCAGGUUUGUGGCAGAGAAAGAAGGGUUGUCAUGGAAGGAAAAUAAGACGACCACCCCCAGUUAAAACUAUCGUCCCACUGGUUCAGGAUGACAUAGACACUAUUGUAUUUAGUUGUGACAGGCCGUUUGUGAAAACUCCGAGGAAUCAUUUUCAUUACUAAUUAAAUUGGAAAUAAAAGUUAUUUUUUUGGAA